AUGUCUUUUUUGAAUACCAUCAAAGGUCUUGGAAGAAGCUCGAAAAAAACAAAGAAAGAAUUAGAGUCGCCCACAGGAUUAUACACACACUCUAAUGCUUCUGGAUCUUCGCUGAAAAGAUCAACUUCUCCAUCAAAGCACUCGUCGCCUUCCCGAAAUCAAAGAUAUAACAACUUCCAGCACCUGGCCUACUCCCGCCAAAGCUCUCCAACAAGAAGGUCUGGACGGCUGCCUGUUCGCCAACAGAAUCCUGUCCCUGAAGCCCAAGAAAGUGCAAACGCCCAGCCUCCACUUUUUCUAUGUGAACCUUUUGUUAAGACAGCCUUGGUCAAAGGUUCGUAUAAGACGAUUGUUCAACUUCCCAAGUACGUGGAGUUCCGGGAAUGGAUUGCGUUGAAUAUUUUCGAGCAGUUUAACAACUUGAAUCAAUGCCACGGCGUUAUAUCUGAAUUCUGCACGCAAGAAACAUGCCCAGUCAUGAAUGCUGGGCCCAAGACGAACUAUCUUUGGAUAGAUUCUUCGGGCAAUGCAGUAAACCUCCCAGCAUAUCAAUACAUUGAUUACGUGUUAACGUGGAUAUCUGCAAAGUUGAACGACCAGUCGGUGUUUCCCACAAAAAACGGAGGAGCUUUUCCCCCCACUUCUAUGAAAGAUUGCAAAAAUAUCGUCAGGCAGAUGUUCCGAGUGUUCGCUCACAUAUACCAUAAUCAUUUUGAGCAGAUUCUCCAUCUAUCUUUGGAGGCACACUGGAACUCGUUUUUUGCACAUUUCAUAAGUUUUGUAAAAGAGUAUGAAUUGAUCGAUAGACUGGAGCUAUCGCCAUUGUUACCUCUUGUGGAAAACUUGGAAGCUCAGGGUAAGAUCAUAUAA